GCACAUGCAUGACACUCUAUGACCAUGUGCAAUAUGAAUGUGACGUAAUAUAGUCUAACUUGUCAUGUUUAUUGUCGAUUAGAACAAAUUUAAUUAUCUUUUAUUUUCCGCAUUGUUCUGAAUUCAAAUAAAAAUGAAAACCAGAUAUAAUACCUACGAUAUAGUGUGUAUCACCACCGAACUCCAAAAAUGUGUUGGAAUGAGAGUGAAUAACAUUUAUGAUAUUGAUAAUAAGACAUACUUGAUUAGAUUACAAAGAAGUGAAGAGAAACAAGUUUUACUCCUUGAAUCUGGCAAUCGUAUUCAUACAACAAAUUUUGAAUGGCCCAAGAAUGUUGCCCCAUCUGGAUUCAGUAUGAAGAUGAGGAAGCACCUCAAAAACAAACGGUUAGAAGCCAUAAAUCAAAUAGGCAGUGAUAGAAUAGUUGAUUUACAAUUCGGUUCAGGUGAAGCUACUUACCACGUCAUUCUUGAGUUGUAUGAUCGUGGAAACAUAGUUCUUACUGACUAUGACUAUAUUAUUUUGAAUGUCCUUCGUCCUCAUACAGAAGGCGAUAAAAUUAAAUUUGCAGUUAAGGAAAAAUAUCCACAAGAUAGAGGUAGAGAAAUUGGAAUGGUCAGUAAAGAAGAAAUUAUGACAAUUUUAACAAAUGCUAAAGUGGGAGAUCAAUUGAAAAAGGUGUUUGUUUCAAAAUUGGAUUAUGGCCCAGCUGUUAUAGAACACGUGCUCCUGAAACAUAACCUGAGUAACAUAAAAAUAGGGAAAAAUUUUGAGUUAUCUGAACAUAUCGAUAAACUCGUUGCUGCCAUUUCAGAUGCCGAGGAUUUGUUUCAGGCAUCAAAAAAACAACAUUGCCAAGGAUAUAUCAUACAGAAAAAAGAAGAACGCCCUAUAUCAGAUGCCAACGUUGAAAAUUUUUUCUAUUCCAAUCAAGAAUUUCAUCCAAUGCUGUUCAAUCAACACAAAUCAAUGCCCAAUGUAGAAUUUGCAACAUUUAACGAAGCAGUAGAUGUUUUUUUCUCAUCAUUAGAGAGUCAGAAAUUAGAAUUGAGAGCAGUUCAGCAGGAAAGAGAUGCAAUGAAGAAACUUGAAAAUGUUAGGAAAGAUCAUGACCACAGACUUGAAGCUCUGGAGCGCACCCAAGAUAUCGACCGUCAAAAAGCAGAACUCAUCACUCGAAACCAGAAACUGGUGGAUAGUGCGAUUUUCUCUAUUCAGACCAUUUUAGCUAAUCAGGUAUCUUGGGAGGAUAUCGAUGAGAUGGUGAAGGAUGCUGCGGCCAAAGGAGACCCCGUAGCAAAACAUAUAAAAAAGUUGAAGCUUGAGGUCAAUCACAUCUGCUUAUAUUUAACAGAUCCCUACGAAGAUGCCACUGAAAGUAUGGAGUCUGAUUCUGAAAAUACUGAUAGAAUAGCUCCUUUGAUGGUCGAUGUAGAUUUAGCACUUUCAGCAUUUGCCAAUGCUAGAAGAUAUUAUGAUCAGAAACGCUCGGCAGCAAGAAAGCAGCAGAAAACCAUAGAAUCUCAAAGCAAAGCUUUGAAGUCAGCUGAAAGAAAAACAAAACAAACUUUGAAAGAAGUUCAAACCAUUACUAAUAUAAAUAAGGUAAGAAAGACUUACUGGUUUGAGAAAUUUUUCUGGUUUAUCAGUUCUGAAAAUUAUUUGGUUAUCGCGGGAAGAGAUCAACAGCAGAAUGAGCUCAUUGUUAAAAGAUACAUGAAACCCACAGAUGUAUAUGUUCAUGCCGAUAUUCAUGGUGCUAGUAGUGUUAUUAUUAAAAAUCCCAGCGGUCAACCUGUCCCUCCCAAAACACUCAAUGAAGCCGGUACAAUGGCGAUAUGCUACAGUGUGGCUUGGGAAGCUAAAGUUAUUACAAAUGCUUAUUGGGUGUGGGGCGAACAGGUUAGUAAAACUGCUCCUACCGGUGAAUAUUUAACCACUGGUAGUUUCAUGAUCAGAGGAAAGAAGAACUUUUUGCCGCCAUCACAUUUGAUUCUGGGAUUGAGUUUUCUGUUCAGACUGGAGGAUGGAUCAGUGGAAAGGCAUAGAGGGGAACGAAAAGUUGUGGGUGGUAUUGAUGAAGACGAGACACAUAAUGUUGCCGAGAGCGAAAUGGAGAAAGAUGAAGUAGAAGUUGAAGUACUAGAUGAGAGCGAUGAGAAUGAACUAGAUGAAAAAGUUGAUACUGAAGGUAACUGUGAGUCUAUGGAGGAUAUACCAGAUAAUGCUUCCGACAAUGAUCAUGAAAAUGUCAAGUUUCCUGAUACCCAUGUAAAAAUUGAACACUUUACCGAGACCAAAGUGAACAUAUUAACAAAAUCAUCCAUGGUAAUGCAGGAAACAGACAGUAAAGACAAUGUGAUUUACCUUGGGGAUGACAAACCCAUUAUUUUGAAACCAAACUUGAACCAAAGGAAAAGGGCAGAUAGCGAAACUAAAUUCAAAAGUCAAAAAAACGAUAAAACAGUAGACUUCAAAGACGCGAAACAACAUCAGUCCAAAAGAGGUCAGAAGAGUAAGUUGAAAAAAAUCAAAGAGAAAUAUGGGGAUCAAGAUGAGGAAGAAAGAAAAAUGCGAAUGGAAAUAUUACAGUCUUCAGGUGCUUCCAAGGAGAUGAAAAAAAAUAAAAAGGGUAAAGAUACUCAGUCAAGUAAGAAGAAAAAUACGGAACCGAAAGUUCCAGUAACAUUCUCUCGAAAAGAACUUGUGGAAGAUGGUGGCGAUGAUGAUGAGCCGCUGAUUCAGGCAGACGUUGAUAUGAUUGAUGCUUUAACAGGAACACCAGUUUCAGAAGAUGAAUUACUGUUUGCUGUUCCAAUCAUAGCUCCUUACAAUACCCUUUCCAAUUAUAAAUUCAAAGUGAAACUCACUCCUGGAACAGCAAAAAGAGGUAAAGCGGCUCGAACAGCAGUCACUAUGUUCAUGAAGGAUCACUCUAUCACACCACGAGAGAAGGAUUUACUGAAAGCUGUGAAAGAUGAACAACUUGCAAGAAACAUUCCAGGAAAGGUGAAGCUUUCAGCUCCAAGACUUCAAAACCUCAAGAAAAAUUGAGAUAUAUUUAUUUUGAAAUGUAUUUUUUUGAAUACAUGAUAUGGUAUUAUUUGGAAAUUCCGAUUUGAAACUCGGAAUUAGA